AAAAACAGGCUCGGUGGCAUUCCCUGCAGCCACAGCUUAAAUAAUUAGUCCCAGACACUGACUACAGAGAUACCUGCUACGCCCUGAAAGGUGCUGCUUUUCCGGGAUUUUACCUGACAGCGUUAUUAAUCAUUUUAGUCUUGCCAACAGGAAGCCACCUUGCUGAGAGGGUGUGAUGACGGGAUUCAAAGCCGAACCCUGGCAAACUGUCAGCAAAACCACAUGAGAAACUUGUGGUGCUGCCUGUUUGAAAGCGGCACAGUAAUCCUGGAUCAGAGAGAACAAAGGGCCCCAGAGUGCUGGUGAUGUAAGCACUGUGUCCACUGCUUGCCCCCCCACAACUGCUCUCCCCUCUCCCACAUGCUGCCUGCCCAGGGGAUGAGGUGAGACAGGGAGGAAGGUCCCUGUCGUGGAGGAUCCCGAAGAGGCAACCGGUGUUAGCGGCAGGCUAACGGCAGUCUGUGUGCUGUCUCAGGGCCGCUGCUGAUGACCUGGGACCCAGUCGGAGAGGAGAAUGUUUUGACCGAAUCGCUGUACAGGAAUGUGGCUAAGCUGUGGGGAGUGGUGCAUCGGCUCAGUGUGACCAGCAGAAUAGACCACGGGACUUUUAUUGCCUCUUUACUACACUUUCCUUGGAAGGCCACGAUGCCAAAAGUUGGCGCUCUCUAAGUUCCCCAAUGGACUCGAUGCAGGACUCAAGUCGCACCAUGGGGGGUCUGAAUGCCCGUCUGAAGGGCUUCUUGGAGCAGGUGAACAGGCUGCAGGAGGCCAACCAGCGGCUGGAGGCUCAGAUCGCAGACUGGGGGGCCAGGAGCCCGCCACGCUCCCAGGACUGGACCCAGCAGGAACAGACUGUCAGCGAGCUCCGUGCCCAGGUUGGUAACCUGCUGAUGGAGAAUGCCCAGCUGGCAUUACAGUCUGAAAGCAUGAAAUCCAGAGCUGCUGCCAUCCAGGCCAGGUGUGAGACGGAGGAGAUUACCACCCUGCGUCUGGAGCAGCAGGUGGCUGUGCUCAGGGAGUCCAAGAGGAAGGUAGACCAGAGCAGCACCACCCUGCAGGCAGACCUCCGUCACUCCAUGACGGAUCUGCAGGAGAUGCACCGGGAGUUUGAGGCAGCCCAGGCUCUGCAGCUGCAGCGGGCCGGCUCCUGCGAUCUUCUGUUAGCAGCAGCAGGAGGGGAGUUGGAGGAUGGCACAGCGAUGGAGCUCACCCAGCUCCUCGACCGAAUCACAGCGCAGUGCGACCAGGGAAGGAGUCCCAGCCUGGGGGCCGGGUCCAAUCUGCUCCCUGGCUUCGCUGGGCCCAGCCACUCUGGGGAAGCAGCAUCCAGGACACACGGAGGAGUUCUCAGUGAUGAAGAGGCAGCAUGGGCGCAGGUGAGCCUCGGCGGCGCCGCCCUGCGGGAGGCCCGGGCCGAGCUGGCCGAGGCCCGGAAGCAGUGGCACUCCCUGCAGGUGGAGAUUGAGACCCUGCAUGCCUUGGAGAAAGGCCUGGAGAGCUCUCUGCAGAACACCCAGCGGCUGUACUCCAGCCAGCUGCAGGACCUCUCCCAGGUGAUCGCUGGGCUGGAGAGUGAGCUGGAGCAGGUGAGGAGCGGCCUCGCCACCCAGCGUCAGCGCCACAGCCAGCUCCUCAACACCAAGAUGAGGCUGGAGCGAGAGAUUUCCACUUACAGACGUCUGCUGGAGCGGGAGGAGGGCAGGCACAUGGGCCAAAAUGGGCAGCCAAUGGGUCUGCGUCCCUGGAGGUUUUCCAUGGAGGAACCUGAGAACGGGCUAGAGAAUGGCUUCAGUGACCUGGCUGUUACUCCCGACGAACCCAAGUCCGAGCCCCUGCCUGAAAUACCUUCACUCCUCCCUGCAGAGAGUGGACAAAAGAAAAGCAUACUGCGAAGACAGCAAAGCCUUUUGGUUCUUACAGACCCAGAGCAAGAUAAAGACUUGCCAAUCUCCACUGUGAAGACUCAGGAGAUUCUUCAGGGCAAUGUGGUGCGGGAGAGUGCGGAGGGACACGGCACCAUCGAGACAGAGAAUAUUGACAAAGUGAUAAAGCAGUGGGAGGGCUCUUUCUUCAGAGGGAAUCCCAAGCUGCGCAGGAAGUCCGUGUCGCUGCGCUUCGACCUGCACAUGGCUGCGGCCAACGAAGGCUGCGCGCAGACCAAACAGGACAGCCUGCCCGACGUGGAGGUGUGUCUGAUCAUGAAGAGGUCUCGCAGCAUCCCCACCAUCACACAGUGACCGCUCUGCCACAUCAACACUGCUAUGUUGUACCACGGGUUAUGUUGACGUUACAGACAUUACAGUGACACCUGGGAUAAAACCUCCCAUUGCCAUGCUUAAUAUAUAUUUCAAAAGACAACAUUCAUUGAUUUUCGCUUCAAUACUGACUCAGAUUUCUCUAAUCAAAUGUUGCAGGAUUAGCAUUAUGCAUCAGGCUUUUGUGCUGGCCCAUGUUUAGAGUGUCAGUAAACUAAAUUAAAAACCUUGGACCUUAAUUCACUCCCUUACAGAGGAUAGCAAUUUAAUAUAUGAAUCAGAUAUCUUUGUUAUCAUUCUAGUUGACAAAAAAGCCUCUUAUUACUGUCAUUGCUCAGUAUGAGGUCACUCACUGUACAAAAUAGAUUAUAUAUCAUAUGACUGCUUUACUACUGCAUUUCAUUCUACAUGUGUGAAGUCACAGACUAUGACCUUCUGUGACGUAAAGGUAUAUUUAUUUUUAUUUUAGGGACUGUAUGAACAUUUCUAUGAAAAUAUUAGUGGAGGGUAUUUUUUAGCAAUUGAUUAUAAAUGUUUCACUAUCCAAUAGCAAGUCCCACUUUCACUUAAAUCUCCAUGGAAAGCAUAUAAAUAUAGGGUAAUGUGCCAUAUAAAGUCAUAGUGAAUAUGAAUGUGAUGUCAUCAACAGCAAUUCGGCCAUCUUUGAAGGACACCAGCGAAAGUAAACAAUGGACUUAAUCUGUACGGCGAGCGGAGUAGAGCAUAACUCUUUCUCUUCAAACCUUUUAAACAUGGUCUGGAGGCACUGUUAUGUCAUUGGCUGUAAAUAAACAACUCUCAUGACAAACCAUGGGAUUACAUUUUAUACUUUUAUAGCUAAAUUAAAAAGAGGAUGACAUAGCGAACAUCAGCAAGGAACGCUGAAUGUGUUGAAUGGGAGCCAUCUGCUGACUGUCUGAGAAUUGUCGAAGUGUUGAGAAUUGCUCAAAUACAGUAACACAAACCACUCCACCGGGGAUACGAUUUUAAUCAUAAAUGCUGCAGUUUACAAAAACAUACUGGUAUUUUAACAUGCGUGAUUAGCCAACGUUUUAUCAGCACUCAAGUUAGCCUAACAUUAGCUCUCUUACCUCUGUCCAGAUGAUUUUAUAGUUGUCAUUAAAACUGUCGAUUUGAAGGUCUUGUAUCCACCUAUUUAACUUGACUUAUAUUAAAUAUGUUUAAAUUGCAGAUGGGUGUAGGCACUAGUAACAGUGAUCAGUCCAUUCUUCUCUUCAUAAGUACAGAUGUCAAUAAUUAACCACAUUUAUUUUAUGAUUAGCGCUCCUCUGUUUCUGCCGAAAGCUCUCAUUUGUAAGGGCAUUUGUAUUUUGCGCAUACUUUAUUCAAAACAGCUGAACGCUAUUGACGGCUUGCUAACGUUGCUAUAGAUGUUAUCCUCCUAAAAUGGCCGCGAAUGCACCGCGGUUCCCAAUCCCUGGAGACAGUUUUAGGUUUGAAAUAAAUAAUGGUUCGAAUAUUCAAAAAACAGAAGACAAUAUUGUGUUAUGUGUUAAUUAAUUGUAAUUAUAUUACUUUGAUAUAUUUUGGGGAGGGUGUUGCAAAUUUCUCCUAGUCAAGUAGAAGGUCUUUCAAAAAUAUCAAAAAUGCUGAAGAAGGCAUGUUUCCACCCAGAUCAUUUCCCCGCAGUCCAUAAAUGCUUGCACAGCAGACACAUGCAGCACUAAAAGAACAAAUCCAGAUUGUGUGCACUUUGAGGGUCUUUUGUCAUUGCAGUUCAUUUUCUUUGUGGCGGGAAACACCUUUACAGCUCAAACUGAUACAUACAUCGUCGCAAACAAAGAACACUGCUCACUGUGAGCACGCCGUGUCUCAGAUCAUUGAGAUUCCCUGUCCUAACCAGAGGAGGGCAGUAUUUGUAAAUAGUUAACACUGCAGUGUGUCAGCAAAGCUUAACACGGGUUGUGUGGCACAUGCUAUCUGUUAAACUUUACCGAUGUUAUGCUACAUUUUGAGUUGGCAUCAAAGAUAUACAAAUAUAAGUCCCAUGGUGCAUUGCAUUUUUGUGCCUCAGAAUAUAUUGAGACUAUUUAAAGAUAUUAUCUAUGCAGUUCUGUGCUCGAUUUUGCUUUGCUUCAUGCAUAACACUUCAUUUGAGGACCUCUACCUUCAGAAUGGAACAUUGUGCUUUUAUCUAACAAUUCAUCAUUUAAAAUAAAAAAUAAUAUAUUAAC